CUGCAUGCAGAAAGCUAGUGCAGCAGCCUAGCGACUUCCGUGUCCUCUGAGAUCACGCCCGUAGUAGUGUUAGCAGCUGAAGGGUUGAACCAUAUACCGUAUGAAGGGGUUGAACGCACACAACAGUAGCGGAUGGUACGGCAGUUGGCUCCGUAGGCUACUAUAAAGUUGUUGCACUUUAGAUUUCUGGAAAAGAACGGGUGGGAUUUUCAUCGCAAUGGCCGACAUCACAGUUUCUCUAUUCCUGCUGGCACUUUUCGUGCUUAUCAGUGAAGUUACAAGGAAGAUCGCCACGAAGCUUCUCGCCAAAACGGAUUACGGUGUUUAUGUGGUGGAAACAAUCUCGACCUUUCAGCUCUGUGCCUGCACCCAUGAGCUGAAACUCCUAGGCGAGGUGGGCAGAAUCGAGCCGCAGAUCGGAUUGACUCUCACGUACCUUAUUUCUGUUAUUCACGCAUUGACAUUCCACGGAGCAAUUGGUAACCCUUCUAGUGCCAUCGAGCACUUUUACUGCAGGCGCCUCACCGGCAAGUGUGUCCUUGCACGGAUCGCCUGUCAAUUUGUCGGUGCUGUUUUGGCCCGUACGAUGGUACCUUACGUAUGGGCUCUAGGAUUCUCUGAUUUGCACAUGAGGCACAAACUGUUCGGAUUCAAAUGCAUAAAUCCAAUUAACGCAACGCUACCCAAAGGAGCUGCAGUGGAGCUAUCUUGCGCCUUUGUAGUACAAACCGCAGUUACACAUAUGUACCAUGUAGACGAAAAAUACCGUGCACAUGCCGUAGCAGCAGUCAUCACCGCCUUGGUCUAUGCAGGAGGAAGUGUUACUGGAGCAGUGUUCAAUCCGGCUCUGGCAUACUCGACCCAGUUUUCCUGCAGUGGCCACACGUUCGCGGAAUAUUCAUUUGUCUACUGGCUGGGUCCAGUUUUGGGUGUGGCCACUUCAUUGUUGCUUUUUGACAAAAUUAUUCCAAUUUUAUCAGGGAAAAGCUCUUACCAAAAUAACCUGAACGUUCCUUACUUUGAGACUAAAAAGCUUAUAUAAACGCAGCUGGAUUUUGGGGGUCGGAUACAAAGUAACCCCAGAGUAGUCUUGUCAUUACUGCAACACUAUUUAACCUGUCCGUAACAGUGGUAGCUUCCGUAAGAAUUCAUAAACAAGUUAUUAUAACAUUUUAUGUAUAUAUACAGGAUAUUGUAUAACAUAAGAAUGAGGAUUCAGUGAUGCGUUGACAUCUUUGCCACAACACAGAAUAGGAGAUGUGUUAAACAGGACUAAGGCUGAACAUCUACUUACUGAUUCUAGGAUUUGGAUUCUGGGGGAAAAACUUGUCUCUAGGCUAAAUUUACAAGGAGCUCCACUAAUAAUAAUAAUAAUAAUAAUAAUAACAUCCUUAGUUUUCUAUAGUUUUUCCAGUGAAAAUAUCUCAAGUAGUGUUUGAAAAAAGAAUGAUGGUAAUUUACCUCAAGCAGACUCACAUGUGAAUUCUCUGAACAGAUUUAGCAUCUCUUGUUUGGGGUGUAAUAUUAAUUUCAUAUGUACAUUCAACUUUAAAAUGCAAUGGAAUACCGUCAAUUACCUCAUGAGGAGCCAAGGAGUAGUGUGAUAUCCAUGAAUAUUCCCCAAUUACAGUAAUGGCUGGUAAGGAGGACCAUGGAUUAACAAAGCAGCAACAUAGAAUGUAACUGUAAAUCCAGUAGGUAGUAUAUAAGUAUAUCUCAGUUUUUUUGCACAUUCUGAAAGCACAGUUGAAUGUUUUUGUAUGUGUGGACAAAAACAAAAAACAGUACAUGGGAUGUUCUGGGAUGUUCUAUCACUGUUGAUCGUGUGACAGUGAGCUCCAUGAUGGUCAUCAAAGCCUGUGCACAACUCUUAAACCACACAUACCUUCUCUACAUUUGUGUUUUCCAUUUUAUGUCUUGAUGAAAAGCACAUUGUGAGAAUGAAGAUUCUUCAAAGACUUUCAUUGACAGCGUCAUUAUCUUUUGUAUUUAUGAUGUUACUUGGAUUUUUUCCUCUCAAAUACUUGUUUACUUACUUAUCUUAGCAGAGAAAGUUUUUAACUGUUUAACAUUCCAAAACAGUCUUUUACAUUUUAAUGCACAUUUGUAUGAUAAAGAAUGUGACCUGAAACACAGAUUUGGUAUGAAUGUUGAGAACUAAAUGACUUGGAAGCAAUUGGUGCCUUUGGAACGAGGGGACUCAAUAAGUGAUUGACUUGGCUUGACAGGGGGUGCUGUUCAGUGCUAAAAUGGUGAAGGUCAGUGACUUUUAUUACUUCAAAAUAAUAUGCUAGCUAAUGUGUGUGUAGACAUUCACACACAAGUGUUACAGUACCUCUUAAUGAAAUCUUUGUCAUCAUCUGUUUUUAUGUUGAAAAUAUUUCUGAUAAUAAAAAAGUCUCUGGACUGAGA